AGCAGCUCGGCGGCAGCCUCAGCAGCAGUAGCAGCAGCAGCAGAAGCCAGCGCGCCACCGAGCAGCAGCAAGGAGUCAGAGUAGAAUUGUAGGAUUGGAGCCGAGUGGGAACAGGAGUGGAGCUGGCCUGGGAGAGGAGCGGAUCCCUCCCAGCACCCUCAGGCCACACACUGCCAGCAAUCUUCCUGCCAGACCUCCUGAGAGGAGACAGGACAGCCAUCCCCAGGCUCCCCAGGAGGAAGCUCACUAUGGCUCUAGUCCCCUGGCCAUGCUGACAGCAGCCUGCAGCAAAUUUGGUGGCUCCAGUCCUCACUCAUCGACACUGGGAAAAGGAGGCACAAAGAAGCCAUACUCCUCUGAUCUUCCAGCCCCCAAAACCAUGGGGGAUGCCUACCCAGCUCCCUUUUCAAGCACCAAUGGGCUCCUCUCACCAGCAGGCAGUCCUCCAGCGCCAACCUCUGGCUAUGCCAAUGACUACCCACCCUUUUCCCACUCAUUCCCAGGGUCCACAGGCACCCAGGACCCUGGGCUACUAGUGCCAAAAGGGCACAGCUCUUCUGACUGCCUGCCUAGUGUCUACACCUCUCUGGACAUGGCACAUCCCUACAGCUCCUGGUACAAGGCGGGCAUCCAUGCAGGCAUCUCACCAGGCCCUGGCAACACACCUACUCCUUGGUGGGACAUGCACCCUGGGGGCAACUGGCUAGGUGGUGGGCAGGGCCAGGGUGAUGGUCUGCAAGGGACACUGCCCACAGGUCCUGCUCAGCCUCCCCUGAACCCCCAACUACCUACUUACCCAUCUGACUUUGCCCCCCUCAAUCCAGCCUCCUACCCCGCGCCCCACCUCCUACAACCAGGGCCCCAGCACGUCCUGCCCCAAGAUGUUUAUAAGCCCAAGGCAGUUGGUAACAGUGGGCAGCUGGAGGGGAGUGGUGGAGCCAAAAACCCCAGGGGUGCAGGCACAGGGGGCAGUAGCGGAUAUGGGGGCAGUGGGGCAGGGCGCUCGUCCUGCGACUGCCCCAAUUGCCAAGAGCUAGAGCGGCUGGGGGCAGCAGCGGCUGGGCUGCGGAAGAAGCCUAUUCACAGCUGCCACAUCCCUGGCUGCGGCAAGGUGUACGGCAAGGCGUCACAUCUGAAGGCCCACUUGCGCUGGCACACUGGGGAGAGGCCUUUCGUCUGCAACUGGCUCUUCUGCGGCAAGAGGUUCACCCGGUCGGAUGAGCUGGAGCGCCAUGUGCGCACUCAUACCCGGGAGAAGAAGUUCACCUGCCUGCUGUGCUCCAAGCGCUUUACCAGAAGCGACCACUUGAGCAAGCACCAGCGCACCCACGGCGAGCCAGGCCCGGGGCCACCGCCCAGUGGCCCUAAGGAGCUGGGGGAGGGCCGCAGCGUCGGGGAAGAGGAAGCCAGUCAGCCCCCACGACCAUCCACCUCGCCUGCACCCCCCGAGAAAGCCCCUGGAGGCAGCCCGGAGCACAGCAACUUGCUGGAGAUAUGAGCUAGGUGGAGGAAGGUCUCCAGCCCCAAGGCCCUCUUGCCAGCCUCUCUUGGUGCCGUGGACCACCGCUUGCCCCUCACUCUCCUAAGCAUGCUAUCCUUUGGGGCUCUCUCUACCUUGCUGCCUGACAAUCUCCUUGCAUGCCUCCUCAGCUUCCUUCCUUUUGCCGUGGGUCUUAGCCAAACUCAUCUCAGGCUCUCAUCAUCUGUGCCUAGAUCCUAUGCUCCGUUUUCCCGAGCUCUUCCUUCCCUGGCCCCUGCUCACAGCUUCUCUCAACUCACUUUCCUUUCUUUUGGGCUCCCAUCAUUUUCUCCUCCUCAACUCUGACAUACAUCCUUUCUACUUCCCAAGCUUACUCACCACUUCCCCUCAGCUUCCGGGCUGUCUUCCUAACUUCUUAUUCCACCGCUUCCAUCCUCAUCAACAUUUUUCUUUUUACAAACAUAAUGAUGAUGAUAAUUUAUUGCCCCCUGGUGGUCUUUUUAAUUAGGAACCAGAGUUAGGGAGACUGGGGUUAGUGACCCGGCUGCGAGCAGAGUACCAAGACGGGGGCAGACCAAUGGGGAUCUGAUCCCACAGAUAAGGGGACCCCAGGCCUGUGUAUUUAACCCUUAUGCACCAGGAGUAAAGAAUAAUAAUAAUAAUAAUAAUAAUAAUUCUAUUUAUCUAAGUUAUGAUGACGGGUCAGGUAGAGUGAGCUGGGGAGGGAAGGGGAUCCAUUUUUGCUAUGGAAAUUCUAGCCAAAUGCAUAUCUGUACAGACAAAGUGAUAGUGGAGAUCUUGUUUCUAUUAUCAAAGUCUCAGUGAGGUUUCUUUGUCAAUGGUUUUAAAAACUGGGUUGGUUAGUUAGACCUCUUUUAAAGAGUUGAGGGGGUAUCUCAGUUAGGAGAUCCCUAUAAUCCCAAGCCCCAGCCAGAAGCUGUGAAGCCUCAAGUCCUAAGGAGGGGGAAAGGACUGGAAUCUACCCCAACUCUCUUGACCUCUGAGCAGGUUCUUCCACUGCCCAUCCCCUCAGACCCUAUGACUUCAUCAGGCUAAUCCUCUGUUGUCAUGGUUAUGGAGAGCUUGCAGCUGCCAUCUUAAACAUGUUCUUUGAGGGAAGCCCACCUAACAGGAGGACUUUGGUUUGGAGGUGCCCCUCCUGAAGAAGAGGUGGGGAAGGCCUCCUCUGGGAUCAAAUUCCAGUAAAUCAAAUAUUUAUUGAAUGCCUACUCUGCAAGGCACUUUGCUAGGUCUGGUGCCUAAAAGCCUAUAAGCAAGAAUUUUUAGGACAGAGGUCCCUAAAUUAAUUUGGGGGUGCAGCCACAGGCCCCCAAAUCUGGGAGUUUCCACUCCACCUCCAGUGACUUUUAAAGCCGCUUUGUGCCUUUGCCUUUCCUGAGACUUUGGAUCCUCCUUUUCUGUCCCCGUCCUCUCAUGCCCCUCUGCUUGGGCAGAGGGUAACAUUGUGAAAGGGAAGGAAUCACCCCCCUCUUGGAAUCUUUCUUUUUUUUUU